AUGGCCAUUAGAAAAUCAAACAAGCUUCCCCAACAUGCAGUUUUGAAGCAGAUCCUUAAGAGGUGUUCAAGCCUAGGAAAGAAAAACGGGUACGAUGAUGAUGGCCACCUUGUUGAUGUCCCAAAAGGCCAUUUUGCUGUUUAUGUCGGCGAAAACAGAAGCAGGUACAUUGUGCCAAUCUCAUUCCUCGCUCACCCUGAGUUCCAAUCCCUCCUUCGACAAGCGGAAGAAGAGUUUGGCUUCGAUCACGAGAUGGGUCUCACCAUUCCUUGCGAAGAAGUCGUCUUCAGGUCUCUAACAUCAUCGUUGAGAUGA